GGAGAGUGGCGGAGAGGAUGCUGGAUGCUGAGACGCUGCUGCUGGCGUUCCACUUUCUGUCACGCUGAAGCUGCUCACAUCCUGACGGGAAAAAAAGACCAAGAACACAUCUGUGUGAACGCCGCAGGAUUGGCUGGACGAUGAACAUGUCCGGCGGUGCCCCGGGGGACGAGCUCACGGAUGAGGAGAAGGAGAUCAUCAAUGGCGUGCUGGCUCGGGCUGCCAUGAUGGAGGCCAUGGAGCAGCAGAGGAUCGAGCGUCUUUCCAGUCGCCUGGAUAAUAUCAAGAAGACGGCGUGUGGUGACGGACAGUCGCGUUGUCUGCUGUGUGGGGAGGCCUUCGGACCACAGGGAGUCACAGCUGUCCUGUGUGUCCAGUGCAAAAAACACAUGUGUUCUAAAUGUGGGAUCAGGAGCAACAGCAGGACGAGUCCGAUGUGGCUGUGCAGGAUCUGCAACGAGCAGCUCGAGGUGCAGAAGCGUUCAGGAGCUUGGUUCUUUAAGGGAAGAGGCCAGCAGAGUCUUCCAGCUCCUCUGCAGCUAUCCAGACCCAGACAGUCCAGCACAGACAGCACAGAGUCUGGUCCUGGAGGAAACGAUGGAUCUCUGGGGCUUGCAGCACAUCAUCAGGAGCAUGAGCUCAGUGCAGAGCCACAGCAGCAGCAGUCCUGUGGAUCAGAACAAUGGGAGCAGACAGCAAGAACAACAGCUGCCAACUGUAAUGAGACUCAGUCCCGUCCAGCAGCUGUAAUGAAGACGGAGACACAAGUGUUAGCCUCCAAACUGCCUCGGGCAAACUCGCAGCAAGUGGCCCCCACCUCAGAUGUGGUAAACAAGCUCCCAGAGAAGGAAGAGCCAAUGUCUCGGACAGCUGUGGAGGAAAAAAGACAACCGGUUGUCUCCAGCUCUGUUGCAUCUCAUAUUCCUGCAGCCAGAAUUAAUCCACCUGUAAACCCACCUGCCAACAACCCCACCCCCCCGAGACCCACACAGGAUCGAACAGAGGACGAAGACAAUGAAUACGACUCAGAUGACGCCACUACUCUGGGAUCGCUGGAGUUCAGUCUCCUCUAUGAACAGGAGAACCACGCCCUACACUGCAGUAUAGUUAAAGCUAAGGGUUUGAAGCCGAUGGACUCAAAUGGACUUGCAGACCCAUAUGUUAAACUGCACCUGUUACCUGGAGCCAGUAAGUCCAACAAACUUCGCACCAAGACACUGAAAAACACCCUGAAUCCAGUGUGGAACGAGACUCUGGUCUACCAUGGCAUCACGGAUGAUGAAAUGUCACGCAAAACUCUCCGGCUGUCAGUGAGUGAUGAGGACAAGUUUGGACACAAUGAAUUCAUUGGAGAGACACGAGUGGCCCUGAAGAAAUUGAAAUUCAACCAGAAGAAGAACUUCAAUGUUUGUUUGGAGAGAGUGAUCCCGGUGAAAAAGUCUGUGGGAGGAUCAGUCCGUGGCAUGGCUCUCUAUGAGGAUGACCUUCAAGAAGGCGAGGACUCGGAGGAGAGGGGUCGUAUCCUGGUAUCACUGAUGUACAGCAGCCAGAAGAGUCAUCUCAUAGUGGGCGUGGUCCGCUGUGCACACUUGGCUGCCAUGGACUCCAACGGAUACUCAGACCCGUUUGUUAAAGUAUGUCUGAAGCCAGACAUGGGAAAGAAAGCUAAAAACAAGACACAAAUCAAAAAGAAGACCCUCAACCCAGAGUUUAACGAGGAGUUCAGUUAUGAGAUAAAGCAUGCUGAGCUUGCCAAGAAAACCCUUGACAUCUCAGUUUGGGACUAUGACAUGGGGAAAUCCAAUGAUUUCAUUGGGGGGUGUCAGUUAGGCAUCCAGGCCAAAGGAGAAUGCUUAAAGCAUUGGUAUGAAUGCCUCAAGAACAAAGACAAGAAGAUUGAGCGCUGGCAUGUUCUGCUAAAUGACAACACCGUCCAGUUCGAAGACUGAAACCUCUCCUGCUGUUAUCUGUAUUUUCUUUCCAUCUUGUUCUCCCUGUAGAAUAUUGUCUUCCAGUGAGUACCGACGUUUCCUCCCUGCUUUUAUGUAGUGCAAUGUGAGAGCUGCAUUUCCAGCAGUUUACAGGUGACCAAGAUGGAUGUCGACCUAUCUGGGCUUUUUGUAAAAAAAAAAACAAAAAAAAACAAACAAAAGAGGAAAGCUUAUGAUAUCACAAACUGUCAUAUCAGAAAUAACCCACACCAGUGCUGCGGUUAGAAUUCAACUGAGCAAUUAUCAUGUUUUGUGGAGUACAUAAAACCCUUGUUAUCAUGAAGUUGGUUGUUAUGACGUGUGCUGAGACCCAGCAGCGGGAAUUCAAAGUUUCUAUCUCUGACCUCUUUCCUCCAUGUUUAUCUGUGUUUCUAUCACAUCAGAUCACGUGUUACGAGCUCAUCCUCCACGCUGUUCAUACAUCACCAAGUUCAAGCACAAGUUUAUUUAUGUAGCAUCUUAUCAGACACAGCGGCUUUCCACAGAGCUGUACAGGCAAAGAUAAGAACAAUAUGCAUUUAAAAUAAAAUUACACACAAGUUUAAAACAGCAUUUAUAGAAUAAAUAAAAGGGUCAUAAUAAUUAAAAACUGCAAAAAGCGCAGUCUUUAGUUUUAAAAAUAGCUCUUCUGUGAAAUACUUUUACUGAAGUGCUCUGCAUGAGCACAGUUUUGUGUUACUUAUACUUUACUUAAGUAUCUUUGUUUUUCUCCUACUUCAGACUUCCUUACCACUCUGUUUCAGAGGCUAAUAUUUCACUUUUCACCUGCAAAUUUAGUUUAAUAUUACACAAUCUAAUCAAUUAUGAUGUAAUGUUUUAGAUUAAGAUAAAACUUUAUUGAUCAAUGAGGGGAAAUUCUCAGACAGCUGAGCAGAUAAGAUAAUUACCUUUACAAGCUCCAACAUUACAGUUAUUAACUUAAUGACGCAUCAAUAAUCAUAGAACAAUUAUAUCAGAUACAUAAUGCCAAUCGCCUGAUGAGCACUUUUACUUUAAAGAUUCAUUUAUUUUGUUUCUUUUAAACCUUGGAGAUGACAAAGAGGGACAACCAUUAUUUAAUAGCUUAAUAGCAAUAAAAGUAAAAUACAUACUUUAGCAAUGCUAAAAAACAUAGUUUAUAUGUGGAUGCUAAUAAAAUUUUUGAAAAAAGUAAAUAAAAUUUAAAUGCAGUACUUUUGCUUGUAACUGAAUAGUUCUACUCUGAGGUAUUUCUGAGAGGCCGACUACGAGGGUAUGUUUGCAUUUUUCUUGUUACUAUGACUUGAAUUUUUAGUCUGCUGAUUGUAUUGACCUAUUUUGCAUGUAAUAAUGCAUGAACAAUGUCUAUAAGUAAAAGCCCAUAUUUCCAUGCAAUAAUUUAUUUAUAUCCAAAACCUACCAAACUGGUUUUAUCACUUGAUCAAAUCAGUCAUACUUUGUUUACAUAUCACAAGCCAUGCAUUAAAUACAACUGAAAGUGGUGAACCUAAAGAGUUUAAUUAAGAAACAAAGUACAGAACAUUAAAAAUAAUAAUGAAAUGAGGAACAAGAAAUGACAGUAAAAUUACAAGGUGAAGUAAAAACACAGCAGAUUAAAGUCAAGCUAAAAAGGUGAGUUUGAAAUAUUCUUUUAAGAUAUUCACAUUCACAGGCUGGAGUCAUAAACCCUAAAGGCAGCCGUGAUGGAGUCAGACAGUUCAGUGCUAUUCAUGCUGAGACUGUCACUCACACAGUUAAACAUUAAUUAGUUUGCGGCAUAAUUACUGUAUUCCAAUCUGUAGAUGUUUUGGUCACUUACUUUUGUCAUUACUUCAUGCAUGACUGCAAAGCAGAAGUACACAAUAAAGAUUAACAUCCAAUAUAAAAGAAGCUUUUUAAAUGAAGAAAAAAACAGAAUCUGGAAUGUUGUGCUUUAGUUUUAAUUUCGUUCAUUUGAUUUAAAUUAUAUUAGUGUUAGGAAACGGGUUGUAAUUGUACAAAAAUGUCAGAAACAAGAAAUACAAAACCUAUAACUGCUUAAAAAAAAUUUAACACUGGUUUACUGAACCAGCUAUGGCCAUGUUUUUCUUAAAGAGAUCUAUCUACACUGCUGCAAGAGGCUGCACCCUACUAAUAAAAAAGUAAAACUAACUAAAAAAAAGUCAAUUUAAUAUUCUCUCAAAUAAGAAAAUAAAAAUCAAGUAAGUUGCAACAUUUACAAAAUGAAGCUGUCCUGUACUUGUAACAGUGCAACACAAAAUAUUCUCUCAAAUAAAAAAUACAUACAAUCAUAUUCAUCCAUCCAUCAUCUAUACACCGCUCAAUCCUCAUUCACACCUACGGGCAAUUUAGAAUGAUCAAUUAACCUCAGCAUAUUUUUGGACUGUGGGAGGAAGCCGGAGUACCCGGAGAGAACCCACGCAUGCACAGGGAGAACAUGCAAACUCCAUGCAGAAAGAUCCCGGGAAAGCCGGGACGCGAACCAGGGAUCUUCUAGCUGCAAGGUGAAAGUGCUAACCACUACACCACUGUGCAGCCCUGCCAUACGAUCAUAUAAUAUCUAAAAUACAUAAUAAAAAGUGAAGCAUUUACAAAAUGAACUACUUGAAUUAUGCCAUUACUGUCAGGUAACUCUCUCAGCAGCAGACAGCAGAUAUUGGAAACGCUGUAGACAACUGUGUUUAUUAGAAAGAGCUGCUGUGACUUGCUGGCUGAAAUGUGGACAAGAGGGAACUUAAUAAUGGGACUAGAUUCCUUUCAGCAUGUGUUAUCAGUCUGUUUUAGUGUGGUCUCAUGGCCACUGUUAUAGUAAUAUAGUGUUUGUUAUCACUUUUGUUAUCACUCUGGCCUGGUCUGACUUGUUAGCAAGAGGCUACGUACAUACCACAGGGAGCCGGGUUUGUCCUUUACUUACUUUCUUUCUCGCAUCGCUGGUUUUCACAUUCAGGUAAUAGUGUCUAAAAAGAGUGAGCAAGUUCAACGAACAACCAGCUACAUACUUAGAUCAACAAUGCCGGCACUCAAGUUUCAUCUAAUCCUCCUGUCUUUGUCCAUCAUUACUGUAGGUAACUGAGAAACUGUUCCCAAACACAACACUUCUAUGAUGGUUGAGGCUCUUCAAGUGCUAAUUGGUCUGUGGUUGCCAUGACUACAAAGUUUCAAAUUGAUUUCAACACACACAAAGCAUUCUGUAGGUGAUAACAAACAUAUACAAAAUGAUCAUAAAGAGACACCACAUGGCUACAACAAUAUGCAAAAUGACAACAGACAUCAAAUAUCAUGUGUAGCCCAUUUUGAGCAGCGGCUCCAAUAAUCAUGUACACACACAUGCCAAACCAUAAGUCUAGCAAUAUAAAGCUUUGAUACAAAUACACUUGCAGUCCUAGUUAGAAAAUAACCCAAGUUGUGUGUGUGUGUGUGUGUGUGUGUGGCCCUCCGUCACGCUUCACUCUAGGCUGUGUGAGGUGAACAGACAGGAGACCAUGGCCACCUCUUAGCGCCACCUGUGGCCUUCGCUUGACAACCAGACUUUAGAAAAACCGAAGAAACCACAACUAGACACCAGAGAAAUGCAGUGGGUACAUGUCUUUAAACCAUGUCAGACAGACAUAAAUAGGAAAAAAACAACAACAACAACAAAAAAUCUAAAACACCCAUGCAUACAAAAUAACAUACUAGGCUGGAAUGUUCAUAUUGGGCUAGCUUUGUCACACAAACUAAUGAGAAUGAUCUGUUCACAGCUAGGUAGGUUGAAGCUAAACCUAAAAGUUUUUUUUUGAGGCUCUAUUUUAACCCGCUUCAUCACCAUGGUAACAGAUGCUGCACAGCUAACCUGCUCCAGAGGAGUUUCUGAUUGGCUGUUAGAAGCGCCACCCUUUGACCAGGUUGUAAUAUCAUUAUAUCUGCAAACCUGUUAAGCAGUACAUUAAUAUUGCCACAGACUAAGGUCAUGUAGUUGCAGCAGGCAAACUGUAUGCAUCGUGUUGUCAUGGAAUCCUUAAUGUAUUCAGUUGGUGAUGCAGAAAAUGCAGAAAUGGGUGUCCAGGAAACAUGUUGCUGCACUGAUUCAUAUUUUGUUCAGAGUUUACUUACUUGUUAUUUAAAACAAAAUGAAUUAUGAGAAUUUCAUAUUUUCAGACCGGCAAAUUCAAAAAAACCAAAAAAAACUCCAUUUCCCCCUAGAAGCCAUGUAAGGGUUCAGUAUCUCCAGAAAUAUAACUCCCACAGUCACAACAUUUAGCGAAGGCACAGACUAAAUUGUUUUUAACUGAUCCAAGUGAUUGAAUGGCUAGAGCAAGGGGCCAUUUAAAAAAAAAAAGAUCUUAGUCUUUGGUUGAUUUUUCACUGCCUUUUGAAGCCUCUAACAUCUGUAGAAUUUGUUGUGUGAUUGUAUGGCGGGCCAAGGUAAAUGAAGCCAGUAUUUGAAGAUCAUCUUCAAGCUGUCAAUUCUUAGACUCAAGGUAAACACUGAGCAUCAGCCCUUCUUCUUUACUACCACAACAUUAAUUACAUUUUUGUUACUGUGCAUACUUAUUGUGCAUUUUGUUAAAUAUUAAAUGGUAUAAUGACAGGAUGUGGGGGGAAAAAAACUAUUAUGUUGUUGUUGUGAAAUGCAUUUCUGAUGCAGAUAACACCUUCUCCUGUGCAUAUAUGAGCUUUCUGUCAGUCUAAAAGGAAAAAGACCAAAAUGCUUCUGCAUGACAUUUUAUUGUGAUAUUAUCAUGAGAAUAAAUCUGAUUAUACAGUGGAAUUUGUUCCACAAAUCUACUGAAGUAUUCCUCCAUAGAUCUCCACUGGGUUCUGUAAAGCAUCUUGAGACAAUCUGAAUUGUAAUUGGCACUAUAUAAAUAAUACAGAAUUGAAUUGAAUCUAUUGGAUUGACAUGCUUUAAUGCCAGGUUCAGUGUCUUCAGGUACAUGUUUCUCUCUGUACUCUGUAUUGAUGCAUGUAUGAACUAAUAUUGUAGCAUAUAUGUGGCUAAAUAAAGACAUGAUGGCACUUC